AAACACACCCCAAAAUGAAAAACGCUGUCUUUUGGUAUUAGCUAGCUCCAGGCUGCGUUCUAACCUCCGAGUUCCAACACUCUCUAAAACACCAAUGACCAAACCCUCCUCCCUGUCACGCUGUCUUUUGUUUCUUUCUUCUCUCUCUCAAAACCUUAAACAAUCAAAAUCAAUCAACAAAACAGAAGAAACUCUCUCUUAUCUCUCUCUCUCUCUCUCUUUCUCUCUCUCACCCCAAAACCAAAACCACAGAAGGCAAAGGAAGAAAGAUGGGCGGUCCUUGUCCAAAAUCCCUCAUUUUCCCUCAAUUUCCCAAACAAUCCCUUAAUUUGGAAAGAUGGGUUUUGAUCCUCUUCCUAGUGGUUGUGGUUGUGGUCCUCCCCCUCCCCACCACGGCCACCGCUGUAAGUCCGUCGUCUAGCAUCUACGACCACCUGCGGCAGCAGGGCCUUCCUAUGGGGAUCCUCCCAAAAGGCAUAACGGAAUAUUCUCUAAACGGCAGCACUGGAGAAUUCCGGGUGUUGCUAGCGCAGCCGUGCCACGCCAAGUUCGAGAACCAGGUGCUCUACGAUUUCAACGUCUCGGGCGUUCUGUCUUUCGGGCGAAUCGCCAACUUAUCGGGGGUGUCGGCUCAGGAACUGUUCCUGUGGUUUCCAGUGAAGGGGAUCAGAGUGGAUGUGCCGAGCUCUGGCCUCAUUUACUUCGAUGUCGGCGUUGUUGACAAGCAGUUCUCUUUGUCCCUCUUCGAAUCACCCCCUGAUUGCACCGCCGUUGACCCUUCUGAUCCCAACUUCAUUCCAGCUGCUCACCACACCGACCACUAUUCUCAUUCCCCAUCUGGGUCGUCGUCUAAGAUUGAAUCACAGAAUCUUGGGGAUGAAGUCAGUCAGAAAAGUGAACUGAGGGCUUCUUCAUAGGUUGUGCAGGCAGAGAUAUGGUUCAAGUAAUCUCAAUCAACCCAGGGGGCUUUUAUAGUAUUUUAGUUUUCUCCUUUGCCUGAAGUGGAUGUGGAAGAUUCUGGUUUGGGAGGUCCUCAACUUUGAAUACGUGUGCUUGUUUACUAUACUGUGCGUACAUAGUUGGCUUGAUACUUCUGUCUUUGCGGGGAAAAUUACAACAAUUUUGGUAAAGAGGAGAGAGAAAAUGGAAGAAUGGAUAUCUAUGUUUAGUAGGGUGAGAAAGGGAGACAGGGAGACAGGGGGAUUGGGUCAGGUUGGCUUUUUGGCUAACUAAAAUUUGCUUCAAAUUUAAGUCAGUUGUUGUCAUCGUAUAAAUUUACUUAUAAUAGAUAUAAUGACAUAUGGGUUCCUUCUCUUCUGGCGGUGUUGUUGAGUUUCUGUAAAUCUGUGAAAAACUGAUUUUUUAUUUUUUCUGUGAUGAGAUAUGUUGAGGGUGUUUUUAUGACCGUCGUGAUCUGAUUUGUAAUUACUUUUUCUUUUCGCAUAUUUCUAAGUUAGGGGUAUAACUGGAAAUCAAAUAAAUUUUCUUUCCAAUUUGCGCCCACAAAUCAAACAUGAGCUAUUGGGCUAUUGCUCUCAUGAGUCUGAAUUUGGGCUUCAGCUCGCCAAGCGGGCGGUUCAUCUUUGUUCAUGUCUUCCUUCAUUUGGCCUAAAUUAAAAUAAACCGACUCAACGCAAGCUCUCGUUUCUCGCUCACACAAGUUGCAGUAGCAGCCAUGGCCUCCUCCAUAGCUCUCCUCCACCUCUCCGCCACCCCCAAAACCCUAAUACCCAAAUCUUAUGUUUGCUCCUCCUUCCCGUCGUCAACCCUGGUGGCGCCCCGGUCAAUCUCUUUCCCUCAACUGGUGAAGCGAAAAUCCAAACCCAAAUCGAACAUCACCUGCCUGUCCUCCUACAACAACAACAACACAACACCAACCCCAGCCACGGAUCGGUUAAUCUCGGCCGUCGCAUACACUCUCCCUUUCUUCAACUCCCUCCAGUACGGGCGUUACCUCUUCUUCCAGUUCCCCAAAUUGGGGCUUCUCUUCGAGCCCUUAAUCCCGUUAUUGAGCCUCUACAGGUCGAUGCCCUACUCGAGCUUCGUGGCCUUCUUCGCCCUCUAUCUGGGAGUUGUCAGAAACCCUAGCUUCAGCCACUAUGUGAGGUUCAACGCGAUGCAGGCGGUGACCUUGGACGUGCUGUUGGUUCUGCCCCUGCUCAUCCAGAGGAUAUUCAGUCCGGGUCGGGCCGGAUUGGGGUAUAAGCUGAUGGUUUGGGGGCAUAAUGGUAUUUUCGUAUUUAGCGUGUUCUGCUUUGUGUAUAGUGUGGUGAGUUCCAUUUUGGGUCGUACUCCCUACUUGCCCUUUGUUGCUGAUGCCGCUGCCAGGCAGCUUUAAACUUCUUUGUUGCUGAUGCUGACGCUCAUCCGCCAUCCGCCAUCCGCCAUGGUUUUGCCUUUGUGGGUGUAUAAUUUCAUUUCAUAAUUUUAGCUGCUCAAUUCAAUUUUAGAACCGCUUUUCAAUUACUAUCUCACCUGUUUCCGGUAAAUUAAGGUCAAACGAUUGAUGUUUCUGUGUAUGUUAUGCAUGUGACCAAGAGAGAUCAUCAUUACGACCAAAAAAGAGAGAGAUCAUCAAUGAUAAAUUUUUGCAUUUUGCUGUUUUA